AUGAAAACAUACAAGAUUGAGUUGCAGAUACCUCAGUUCACCAUUUUAUCUCUUCGCACGAGAUAUCACGUUCAAUUAGUCACUUUAGGUGACUCUCACUUCCUGCUGUCAGGUAAGACGGGAGGUACAUCUCCGAAUUGGGCCAAUGACGAGAUAACGCCGACAGCGGAGACCUCUGACCCCACUGGCCAAUCGGAGCAGGCGACAUGCGAUAAGAUAACAAAUCAGACGAAAAAGUCCGCCGUCGGAGAAAUCAUUCACGACACCCGUCGCAUCCUGACCCGCCGUAGCCACCCAAGCAUCACCAAAAUCGCAUCUCGAACCUGGUUUUUCACCACCCACGUCAACCAUCACCCAGCGAAUCCACGUCGAACCGUCGCGUCUCAAAGCUCCAAGCUUCACGCCAACCAUCAUACGACCUCUCGACCGCACAUCAAACUUUUCACAAUGGACCACACCCGCGAUCCCUGCCCCUGGGUCAUCCUCAAUGACUUUGGCGGUGCUUUUGCUAUGGGAGCUAUCGGUGGAACGGUAUGGCACGGUAUCAAGGGCUACCGUAACUCGCCUUAUGGUGAAAGAAGAAUUGGUGCCAUCUCAGCCAUCAAGAUGCGCGCUCCCGUACUGGGAGGAAACUUUGGAGUUUGGGGAGGUCUUUUCUCAACAUUCGACUGCUCCGUAAAAAGUAUGAACCGUCUCCUCAAACUCCGUAAAGCCCUAAGAUACGAGGGGAAAUCGCUAGGCCUCGCACUGGCGAAGAUGGGCCGGCAAUAUUCCUUUGCAUCUUAUGGCGCUAUCUAUGUCUUGGGCGCUAACAUUCUAUGUUCAGGUCUUCGUGGACACAAGGAGGAUCCUUGGAACAGUAUCGCCGCUGGUUUCCUCACAGGUGGUGCGCUAGCCAUCCGUGGAGGAUACAGGGCCGCCCGAAACGGUGCCAUUGGUUGCGCGCUACUUCUUGCCGUUAUCGAGGGUGUCGGUAUCGGUUUCCAGAAGAUGUUCGCGGGUAGCACAAAGCUGGAGGUGAAUGCCGGCGCCUCCUCCUUCCGACGAGAGAGCUCUUGCAUAAACGAUCGAUCCUUCACGAAGCAUCCAUUUUACCGACGAACGGCUUGUGAUCGAGGCGACCGCUUUGCCGACGAAAAGAAUAACUCGGACCCCUCUCUACUCCUCAACGCUCGAAGUCUGUUAUUCGUCAUAUUGACGAGGGCUCGACAAUUUGUUUUCCACAACCCAAGGGAGCGAAGUAAUUUGAUCCUAUUUUUGUAA